UGUUAAUCCGUUUAUGAAAAUGGUACAUAUGGAAUGAUAUGCCAUAUAAAUAUCAAUUCAGUUUUGGAUGGAUAGUAAAUAACUUUAGCAUCCCUUGGAUUUUACAUAAAAUUACAAUGGUUCUUCUAUCAUAUUUUUUAAGGAUGGUUGGUGGACUUCAAAAGUCUCCGAAUGAGUUUUUACCUGUACACAAAUACCACAGAAGCUUUCACCAGGGACUGACAAUAUGGGACCUUCCAGAAGAGAUCAUUGUUCACUUGCUCAAAAGUCUCCAUGUAAAAGAUCUCUUGAAUAUGAGACAGGUGCAUCCAUAUUUUCGAGAUCUCAUUGACAACUCACAGUCUGUAUGGACGUUUGUAACAUUCCAAGAGUCGUGGCCAUCAGCAAGCAACCUUCAUCAUUUUGAUAAAGCUGCAUCUGUUGGGAAUAUUGAAGCUUUAGUCAAACUUGCCAUCGCCUAUUUAUACAAUGAAGGAUUACCCAAUGACAGUGAUGGCAAGAAGGUGUCCCGUAAUGGCACGAAGGCCGCAGAGAUGUUCUGUAGGGUGGAAACCCUUACUCCCAUGACAUCUCCUUUCACCUGGCUCUUCAUCCGACCCCCAUGGUCCCUGAACGGCGCAUGCUGCAAGGAAUGUGUCUUCAACUACAUGAAGGACUAUCUGAAAAAGAAUGGCUGUAGCAAGAUCCAGGUGUGUGUGGCGAAGACCCUGCAGCUUUUGAACCGCGAGACCCAUGUGGCUGACAUCACCUCACACCUUAACAUAGCCACCAGCCAGGGAUCUGGCAUCGCAGCCUUCCUGUUGUGGGAACAGAUGAAAUCUCAAACCUCAGUUUUGGACAAGGCAGGAGAGCUUGAGGUGAUUCGUAAGUUGAGGGACAUCUGUACGCUUGGCCAGUUGGAGGCGCGGUUAGAGCUGUGUAAAUACUACUCUGUUGCAAAAUAUGGGGGCAUCUCACGCACAAAGGCCAUGACAUUUAUACGAGAGUUUGUGCAUUCCGUCCCAGCACUCAAUACUCAGGAAAGCUUUCAGAGAUCUCAAGAACUCACUCCAUCAAUGAGGUACAUUCUAGUCGACUGGCUGGCAGAAGUUGCGGCCAUGAAGAUGUUCUCAACUCACACAUUCCAUGUGGCUGUCGGCGUAGUGGACAGGUUCCUCAAGCUCAACUCUGUGCCACGCUCCAAACUUCAGCUGCUUGGUGUGUCAGCUAUGGUACUGUGCUCACGGUUCUUGGGCUCUGACAUCAUCACGAUCCGGGAAGCAGCAUGGCUUACAGACAAUACAUACAAGUAUGAAGAUGUGGUGCGUAUGAUGGGUGAGAUCACUGCCACUCUACGGGGAAAUCUGCGCACCGCGACCAGUGUGGACUUUGCAGAGAUUUUCAACACAUUGAUGGGUCAUGACCAGCGCCUAUGUUACCUGUCUCAGUACAUCUGUGAGCUGGCGCUGCUACAGGCAGAGAUGGGGCAGUACAGCCCUGCGGAGACCGCCGCCAGCGCAGUCAUGUUGGCCCGCCUGCUCACAAAGACAGAAAAUACAUGGCCUGCUGCCAUACAGGAGGCCACCGGCUUCACUAUAGAGGACCUCAACAGAUGUGCUUUCCACAUGCAUGAGAAAUGUUUCCUGGAGGGUUCAGUGGUCGAUCAUAGAGACGUCACUCUUCAGGCUGUGAAGCAGAGAUAUGCUGAUGAUGACUGCUGCAGAGUCAGUGAAAUUGAGAUAAUCAGUUACAAGGAGCUGUGUAAGAUGCUGGGCGUCACCCAUCACUUUGUCAAUGGCAUGGACAUCCACGUUCGGUUCCGCAAUGAUGAUGAGCUCAUUGUUUCUCCAUCCCGAAAGAAGCGCCGUUCAGGUCUACGCAGCAUGUCAUUCAAGGUGACGAGUACACCAAAGACUCCACGCACACAGCUCGACAGGCCGAUGGUAGACUCCCCAGAGAGAUUGUCCUAUCGUCUGAAUGACUCCAUUCUCUCUGGUUAUGAUGGAGACAGGGAAGAUGAUCUGGAUGACUCAAUCAUUGUUGAUGAGAGUAUAGAGGACUUGAAGCGUGAGGUUCUGCUAGAUGAGGGGGUCCACUCAGGAUCAGAGAACAACUUCGAGGCAUUCCUGUCUAGCGACAAUUCCCGCUCACCACAGAAAUCCACCAUUAACCUCACAAACCCAUCGCCAUUCAAACAGUGUCUUUCAUUCACUAGCUCAAACUUUGACUGUGAUAACACCUCCGGCAUUUCUUCAUCUCAGAGCUCAGCAUUUGAAGAGGGUCCAUCAACUUCUGGUCACACAUCAUUUCGCCUGUCCACUGGCGAGUUUUCUGGUUCAAUGUCUUUCAUCAACCUUAAGUCAACCUCCAUGACUCUGCGAUCGGCUAGUGUUAGCAUGGGAGCAUGCGGAUCUCAGUCUAGUGACUCAGAUUUUGAGUGCGUCAAACGACCCAGAGGGUCAAGGUCACCACGUCAUAUGACCUUACGGAGCACACCAAAACGCAGGAGUAGAAGGUUGAGUGGAGGAAAAACCACUUUCAUAUUCAAGUAACAGUCUGUUUAUCGUAGACCAAGACUGAACCAACUGUUGUCUUACAAUCAAGUGCAAUGUUUUAAAGUGAAUCAAAUCUUGUGAUGCCAUUUCUUGAUAGUCAUAACAUAAUGAGGUUUAAUUGCAAAGGAAUAGAUGUUGUGUAGUGAUAUUUAUAUAAUGCUUUGGGUUCAUGUGAUGUUGCAAGUUACUAUGGCUUUAUAUAAUUUGCAUAACCCAGACACAUCCAUGUGAUUGUCCAUUGUGAUGCAUUGUUGUGAGCGUUUUUUAAGAUGCCUCUUAUGUGAUGAAUGUUUGGUAAGUGAGAGUGAGACAUAUCUCAUAUGUUUUAGGGGUUAAUGUCUCAAACAUGGUAUUUCAUAGCAAAGUAGCCAGCACGCAAUGUGGAUAACGGUAGCCAGCACGCAAUGUGGAUAACGGUAGCCAGCACGCAAUGUGGAGAAUGGUACAAAAUGUCCAUUUGUAGGUAAAUUCCAGUACAUUAUGUGCUCUGGUGUGUAUAGUUCUGUUAGGCAGAUUUUGGUGCUCUUAUUGGAAAGUAAAUUAUUGGCAUAUAAUAUUUAAAAGUUCAGGUUAUUUAUAAGAUAGAUUUUGGAUUUUUUUAAAAAGAGCUUAGCAAUUAUAUUGCAGUGUAGCUUUUUGAAAAAAUAAUUAUAUAAAAUGAAAUUUCGUAAUGAAUUUUAAAAGUAUAGCUGUGCUAUAGAUGUUUUUCUGAAGCAUGUAUUUGUGCUAUAUUUAUUGUAUGAGAUGUGUAUAGUGUAAAUGUAAUAUAACUGUUUUGUAAGAGGUUUUCUAUUGACUUGUUUGAGAUUACUAUCCAAAGGCAUUAUCAGCAUGAUCAUCAUGUGUUUAUAUAUCUAUAUUUAAAUCUGAGGUCUCAGAAAAUCUUGAUAUCAUAUGGCAGCAUUUUGUUUUAUAUGAAUCUUUUUAUGUCUGUUCCUGUAUUUGCAGGAUGCUCCCUCAUUAAUUUAAUUUUGACCAAGUAUGUAUUAUUUAUGCGAAUUAUUUAGAGAUUUUACAUUUUACUUUCUUGUAUUAUUUUACUUCAAAUAUUAUUUUUCAUGCUGUUUCCAGUCAUGUUUUGUAUUCAUUGCUGCAUAUUUAUUUUGUUCAUAUUGAUCUAUAAAGUGAUUAAUCAUUCGUUUUAUACAAAAACUAUUAAUUAAUUUCCAUUGCCUGUUUGGAUGUAUAUUUGUUGAAACUUGAAAGUUUAUCCCUGAAGCAAAUGUUUGCAUGAAUAGUAAAGCUACAUAAAUAACUACGCACAGUUUUAAACACUUUUAAAGCUUUAUUUGUCUUUUGUAAACUUCAUUUUAUGUCUGGUAGUGUUUUGUUACAGAGAUCUUUCUUGCCUCUUUCUAUCUCUUCUGUCUGAGUGAUUAUGUUGAGUGAUGAUACGCACCAAGUGUGUACAGUUAUUGUCAUAUAUCGUUUGUUUACAGAUAUAUAUAUUAUAUUUAUAUUAAUGAUUAUUUUUUGUACAAUUAAAUUUCAUAAAACAUUA